CGGACACAGCGCAUGAAACAAAUGAGAAUCAAUGAGUAUCACACAUUGUAGCGAUUACUACGGGAAUACUGUUAACAAAAAUGACUAAUGUUGAUGCCAUUGAGGAUUUUGCCUCACAAGCCUGCGUUCCGUGCCGCGAAAAGAAGCGAAAAUGUUCAAGAGAGUUACCAACAUGUUCACUCUGCCGCAGAAACAGGAGACGAUGUAGCUACCCUCCUAAGGCUAUAACUCCAACUACUAGUAGUGUUGAUUCUUGCGGCAUGCAAGAACAAGAGGAAUUCCCAGCUUUGUUUUUCUUGGACUUUUAUACAUUCACCCAGCGCAAGGAUAUCAUAUCCACGCCAAAACCCACACUCCCUGAGAAUUACUAUAAACAACUUGGCAACAGGGAGCAGCUGCGCUCUGACGUCGAUACGUAUUUCGCUUCGGUCCAUGUGUUCUUUCCAAUAGUAUCAAAACUUCGAAUUUACCGAGUUCUCAAUGGAGAUGCCAACAUACUCGAUCCAGACAUGGUUAUUCUAUCUCUAGCAAUGAAGAUGCAUUGUCAGCCCAGGAAAGAAUACGACCUUAUCCGAACAGAAAUGUAUGCUUUGGUGAAACAGGGCUGUUUAGAAGCCGAACAGAACAAUGUGCUCUCUGUGAAAAUACUACAAGCGCUCUUGCUGGUUGCAUUGUAUGAAAUUGGAAACGCUAUAUAUCCUGCUGCAUAUCUCACCAUCGGGCACUGCGCAAGACUCGGAUAUGCUAUGGGAAUUCAUAAUCGGCUGAACGCGCCUCAGAUGUUCUCGCAGCCUGUCUCGUGGGCAGAAGCCGAGGAGAGACGUCGGGUGUGGUGGGCAGUUAUUGUGUUGGAGAGAUUUGUCAAUAUUGGCGGAGGUAACCGCCCGUUUGCCGCCCAUGACGCAAAAUCCGAUGAUCUACUCCCCAUGGAUGAGGACAUCUGGGACAAAGGAGACUUUGUAGUUAUUCAACCCUUGGCCGUAUCAGAAUACGCCACACUGCGAACCUCGGCGUUUGCACGUACAUGCCAGGCCUCUCAUCUCUUGUCACAUGUUCUUCGCCACUUGAACGAAAGAAAUGAAGAUGUCAAGAUACAAUAUCAUGAAGCUAUGCAACUGCACCAUAUCAUAAACACCUUUAGACAUGCCUUGGAUCAGGAGAUUGGGAACACAAGCGACCAAAUCUACAACCGUGGAUGUAGUGUCGCUCACUUUACUGCCAUGGGCAUUUGCUAUAGUGCUCAGAUAGCGCUCUACGAUGCCUAUAUGUGUGCCGACGCAGAUGGCAUGCAGGGAGUUGGGAUUCCAGAGCAGUUUGAGAUGCAGCACGUCGCCAUAUCAGGCAUCAAGGACACUUUUGUUUCCGUUCAUCAGCUCGCGAGCAUGAUUUACUCGUCGGUUCAAGCGGGUGAUAUAUCAAGAUUGAGCCCAUUGAUCGCCGACAGUUUAUACCAGGCAGCACUUCUUAUUCAAUCGUAUAUCUAUGAAACACAAAAUAACGAGUAUACUCAGAAAAUGACGGAUAUUAUAGAGACACUUAAAUUACUUAAAGGUCGUUGGAAUGUUUCAGAUGAAUAUCUCAACAUUAUUCGCAUGGAAUUCAUACGAACACGCUAGAUAUUGUUAGUUAUAGGGUUUCCAUAUAUUUAGUUAAAUAUUAGGGGACGGUAGAGCUUGC